CAUACACGGACCGGUCACAGGUCUAACACUAGCCCGACCCCGAUCAUAUUGCCUGCUCACUGCUCAAGCGUUCAAGCGCUCACUAGCACUGCUCGCUCUGCCCUUUUCCUGUGGUCUGUCACCCUUGUCUAUCAUGAACGUUCAAAAACAUUCCGAAAACACCCUCGAUGGAUCCAGUUCCGAUAACAGCUCACCUCCCCCUCCGCGGUCCACACUCAAAGAGUCGUCUCAGAGUCAAACGAAGAACCACGGAAAGGCUCCUACGAGCUCUGCUCCUACCCUUCUUAAGUCGCAUCUACCAGUGGAUACAGACCGGCCCCUCACCGAGGUUAUCAGUGAGCCAUUCAUGCCCUUCGAUCAUCAAGCAGCCGUGGUGGAUCCAUUUACGCGAGAAAUGGCUAGAGACGCGAACUUUGAACAAGAGCUCGGCACGAUGUUACUUGAUCUCAUUCUGGAAACACACGCAUGGUCUUCAGCUCGACCGAAGUACGAGAGUCAGAUGGCAAUACAGAAGUUGGAGCAGAAGGUGACGGAUGUCGUUGAGAUCGAAAAAGAACAAGGCAUGUUUCUACCUUCGUCGAACGGUCCUCCCUCCCUUUCGACAUCCCAUUCCUCAUUUGUUUCCUCCAAAUCAUCACGUUCGGUGAUGUCUCUUCUCAUGGGUACGCGUCCGAGACCUUUUUAUUUUCACCGGGUGGUUUUCAUUCCUUCCUAUACAUUAUGUUCUAUAAGACCUCCCCUGACGUGGAUGCGUUUCAAUAGAGAAAACGCGCAACAACCUGAACGAAUUCGUCACUCGCAUGAGGACAGCACUGGCCGCAUUGACUGGACUCUGAACUAGUUCCCUGGUUGUUACAGAAGCCUACUCAUUGGAUGCAAUUCUUUUGCUUGCUGCGGCUAGUCUGGAUGGUUCGCAGGUCUUCACUCGCUCCUCAAAUGACAGUACUUAGUUCGCUUCGGACCUGCCUCUUCUUGAAACUCAGCGUAGAUUAACCAAACGCCGGAGACCGUGAAAUGGAUCAUCCACGCCUUAUCCGUAAUCUACGUAGUCUAUUCCCAGUACUUGUACUUGCAUGUCCGUCUGGC